AACCAUAUGCAAGAGUGGACAUCUUAAGUGAGGCCACAGAAAAAUUUGAGAGUUUUUUUUUGUGCAUUUGCUAAUUUUCCUUCUUUUUCCUUUCCCCCUUCUUUAUAACAUCCCGCUUCUGAGAUCCCUUUCUGUCAUCGUCUGUCUUUCAAGAAAUUUGUUGUACUGCAAAAUUUUAAGGGUUGGUUUGUUUUUUUCUUGAUUUUGAACUCAAACUUCAGCUGCAGAAAAUCUCAAAGCAAACCCCCUAUAAGGGUGUUUUUGAAAGCCAGGUGAUUCAGAAUAGAGAUCCAGUUUUCUCUUGUAACUUUGGUAUAGUUUCUUGUAGCUCUUCUUUUGCUUCUAGUUUGAUUAAAACAACUAAGAGGGUCUUUUUUUUUUUUCCCCUAUCCCUCAGGUGAGUUUUGGUUUCUUGAUCUUUCAUUUUCUUGAAGGUACAUAUAUUACUAGUACUAUCAAGGAUACCAAAAGGUUCUUUAUUUUGAAACCUGUUUGAUCCUUUUCUUUUCUUUCUUCCUCUCCUACCACCUGUUUCAUUAGUUUUUUGGUUCACAAGGACUUGGUUGUUAGUUUUUCACGAACUUUUUUUCAGCUCAGAUCUCUUUUUUUUUUUUUUUUUUUGAAUUAUUGAUCUCAGUUAUGGCAACUGCUAUAGAUAUCUACAGUUACAGUAAUCCUGUUUUCUCAUUAUCAUCAGAUCCCUUGAGGGAAGAGCUGAUGAAAGCACUCGAACCUUUUAUGAAAGGUGCUUCUUCUUUGCCCUCCUCUCCUACUACUACCUCUUCUCCCUUUUCCUCUUCUUCUUCUUCUCUUUCUCCUCCGUCAACUUCUUCUUCUUCUUCUUGCUCUUCUUACUACCCUUUUGACUCUUCUUCUUUCUCUUCUGAGCCCAACAUGUACUCUUCUUUUACCUCAUAUGUUCCAACCACAGCCCACAUGUUUUCUCAAGGGUUGUCUAGCUUUGAUGAGAUGGGAUUUGAUGAGCAAUCAGGUGGUGGUUCAAUUGGGUUAAACCAUCUGACCCCAUAUCAGAUCCUUCAAGUCGAGGCUCAAAUCAAACUUCAAAAUCAACAACAGCAAUACUUAGCUGCUCAGUCCCUCCAAAACUAUAGCUCAACAAGGCAAUUGCAGCACCAGAAUCAUUCCCCCUUGAGCUUUCUUGGCCCAAAACCUGUCCAAAUGAAGCAAGUCGGAACUCCUCCAAAACCCGCCAAGCUUUACAGGGGAGUUAGACAGCGACAUUGGGGCAAAUGGGUAGCUGAAAUCAGACUCCCCAAGAACAGAACUAGGCUUUGGCUUGGAACCUUUGACACAGCUGAAGAAGCCGCCUUGGCCUAUGAUAAGGCUGCUUAUAAGCUGAGAGGAGAGUUUGCUAGGCUUAAUUUUCCAAACCUUCGGCAUCAAUUAAGCCAAGAUUUUGGUGACUUCAAACCUUUGCAUUCCUCUGUUGAUGCUAAACUUGAAGCCAUUUGUCAAAGCUUGGCCGAUUCUCAGAAACAGGGGAAUACAGGGGAGCAGCAUCAGAAGAAGGUUGGGGUACAGACAAUCCCAAAAGUGGAAAACACCUUUGAUGAUUCAUUGAACAGUGAAUAUGUCUAUCCAGGAAAUGAGGAUGUUAAGGUGGAGGAGACCUCAUCAUCAUUAUCACCUUCAAGAUCUGAUGAAACAUCAUCACUGGAAAUGUCUUCACCUGAAUCUGAAAUAACUUUCUUGGAUUUUGCUGAGCCCACUUUUGACGAGUCAGAGAAUUUCUUGUUGCAGAAGUUCCCCUCAGUGGAGAUUGAUUGGGCAGCUUUAUAAUUUACUAUAUCUAAUACAUGUAUUAGUUUUUUUUGUUUCCUUUUCUUUUUCUAGUCAAGAUUUUAAUAUUGUAAUAAUCUAGAGUAUCGUAGAGUCUGAACUAUGGCUUUCCGCAAUGGGUUUUUUGACAUCUGCAGAAGCCAGUGAUUAGUGGUGGUGCUGAAGUGUCUAUUCUGUCCAUAUGUGGUCUGCUGGCAUUUUUAUCUAUGCAUGACCAAGUGGAGAUAUUUCUAUCUGCAUGCGUUUGGUUUUGUAGUUAAUGUAACCAAGCAUAUCUAUGCAUGUAUAAUGUACUAUCAGCCUUGUUUAAUGUAAAUUAUGGUGUGUGCUAUAUUUCUUUUGAUUA